GCUGUGUAGUUGACCUCGUGCUUUAGGCAGUGCGGUCGUCGAGUUGAUAAGCCGUGUCAGUAAUCUCUUUUAACAAUUUAUUUCAGACAGACAGAUCAAACAAACAAUUUCCUCCGACGUGGAGUACAGACAGGUAGGUCCUUCUAUUGUUUUAUGUUAAUUAGCCAUAUGGAAACUUUUUUUGCUAGGUAGCUGCUUGUUGGCUAGCUAGCAUUAAUGUAAUUUGGCUAUCACCACAGCAACUUAAACGCCGAAGUUCUGUCGGUGUUUCAUUAGCUAAUUUGAUUGUUAACGUUAGCUUGGCGAGAGUGACAUUUAUCCUUCAGUUUUCAUACGAGCCUUGACUUGGUAGCUAACUUGUUGAAUGUUUUUAUUUUGACAUUUAAGUUUCGUUCCUUGGAUAUUAGCUAGCCAGUUUCGUUUUGCUAAACAGCUGGAAGAAAAUAUUCCUAACGCGUUAGUCAGACAGACCAAGUUGAACUUGAUACUGACCUAUUCUUCCAUUUUAGCAUAUUGCGCUCUAUUCCUGCCGAGAUUAAUUAUUAUUUCCACAUUAAGGAAUUGUAUGUUCUUCUAUCUAGCAAAUAUAGAUCGAGUUGUGUAGUUGAAUAAAAAAAUUUGUCAGCGGCCAUCAGCGCACCUGAGUGACACCAGUCAAUCAGCUACAGCACCUUUCCCAUGCUCGUGCAUCAACAACAGACGAAUGGUGUGACUGACAGUCGGCUUCCUUUUCUAGUGUUGUGUUGGUAAGAAUGGAUUUGGCAAUAUUUGUAUGGUCAAACUGUAUGUGAAAUAUGACAUUGUGAAACUUUUAACCGUUAAACGUGAGCAGGAGUCUAGUUUAUGGGAUCGAUUGGGAUCAAUACGCAUUGUCAAUCGAGCAUGACAAGAUGAGCUUGAGUCUUGACUCAAAAUGGGUGUUGUAAAGUCAAACGGACACAGAUGAGUGUGUUCUAGCAGCUAACUAAUGCGUUAUCUCGAUAUUAUCAAAAAAAAAGUGACCAUCUGAAAUCUGCUUCUGUCCCUUGCAGCCCUGUGGUGUUUGCACACAGUUUAUUUUCCUGCCUCCCUCUCUCUGUUUCUCCAUCUUCUACUCUCUCUGUCGCUCAUUUUUUCUCACUCUUUCUAGGUUGUUAGGGUUGUUGUGACUCCUGAAGUCUGCCACUAUGCAGCCUGGAGGAGCACACAAUGGUAGGCAAUGGGUUAUCAGCUCUUUAUUAAUCCAUUCAGCAUCCUCUCUUCCUUUCAUUGUCAUUAAUUCAUUCUCUCAUCCUCAUGUAGCUGUGUGUGGCCAGAGCCUGCUGUCCAACUCCCUUAGGGUGUAUCUGAACAACAAGAACAGACUGCAGCCCAUCAUCGGUCAGGAACAGCGCUGUGUGUUUUGUAUAUGAUACAUGUCUGUGUAUUUGACCAAUGUGUGUACUUUAGACCUGUGUGCCGCGUGUGUGUACUUCACCUGUGUGUGUGUUUCAGGUCUGGGCUGCGUGACAGAAUGUGUGACAUUCGGCAGGGACUCUGAGGCAGUGUACCUGUGUGAGGUGUGUGUGUGUCGUCUCAGUAAGGCUGACGUCAGGAGCCACAUCAUGGGGAGUCUCCACAGAUACAACUACAUUGUGAGUGUGGGACGUGUGUUUCUGGAUCUGUGCUCUUUACUCACAGCUACUUAAUGAUCCUGAUGUGUUACUGUAAUACCUGUACAGUUAAACCACACCUCUUUACACCAGGGUUUCUCAAUCAUGGUCCCGGGGACCCAAAGGGGUGCACAUUUCUGUUUGUGCCCUAGCAUUAACACACCAGAUUCUAAUCAGGCUUGUUGAUGAGUAUUAUUUGAAUCGGGUGUGUUAGUGCUAGGACAAAAACAAAAGUUAUCACCCCUUUGGGGCCCUAGCACCAGGAUUGCAAAACACUGCUUUACAGGAUCACUGACCUAUAACUAGCCUAAUACAGCUGCAUGUAUACAACUUGUGUGUUUCCUCUCUCCCAUGGCUGUCGUUGUAUAGAAAGUCCAUCACCCUCACUUUGUGUCAGAGUGGAAGCAGAGUUCUCCUGACCUGUCCAAGCUGGCCCGGCCUCUUAUGGAGAUGGCUCAAAUACUAGAGAAGAGAGAAGGAACCGGGGACGUACAGGUAUGUGUCUGUGUGCACGCUGGGGUGACGUGUGUGUGUGUGUGUGUGUAAAUAUCUUCUGUCCUGUCUUUCUGUUAGGUGCUGAAGUUGGAUGCUGCGAUGUAUGAGGAUAUGACAUCACACAGCGAGAGUGAUGGUCAGUCCAUAUCCUCUCUUGUCCUUCAUCCAUCUGUUUUUUUUUUUUUUUACUAGUCUACGUCACUUACUCUGUGUGUGUGUGUGUCCCCCAUCUAUUGUUCUCUCUCACCAUCUCUCCUCCAGCUCUCAUCCUCUUGCAUGCCAUCAGGACUGGGAGGGAGCAGAGAGAUCUUCAGAGCCAAUCAGUGAAGACAUCAAUCCAGUCGGAGUAUCUUACCAUCCAGUCACAGAGAACCGUGAUAUCACCUCGGAGGCUCUCUGUCCAACCAGAGAAGCCUGUUGUCCAACUUGACAACCGAACCGUCCUAUGGAAAAGUCCGACCGCCCGAAGUCGGAACUUAUCUAGCCAAUCAGAGAAGUCCCCUGUGUUGCAGCAGAGUGUCUCUAUCCAAUCACAGCUUAGUUCGUGGGAGGAGGAAGGGUUUCUCCAUGGAAGCAAGCCACUGAUUGGUGAGUGUAUGACCUCAUGGGAUGACGCGCCAACUUUGUUAAUGGGUGGUUAAAGACGUUGGGUACCACCGUGUGAGAAAUACCCUUUUGACAGUUGCCUCAAUGCAGCUGUUUUUUAAAAUCUCCAUAUCAAAUAAUUUCUGGUUAACAAUUUUAAGUACCUUACUGUGAUUGUUUUCAAUCAAAAUUGACAAAUAUACAAAAAUAGCUUCUUACAAGAGCAAUUUCUCAAGCAAGAGCAGUCAUUUUGCUAGAACUGUCUGGGAGUGGUCUGAGUGGGGAGGGGAACAUUUUUAACUAGCUGUUAUUGGCAGAGAGGUUUGGAACUCUUUCUUAUUGGUUUAUUAACUAAUUUACCGGAUGGUGAUGUAACCAGGCAGGCCAAAACUCCAUUCCACCAAAACCGGCUGAAAUGUCAGGUGGUCUUUUCAAACAGCUCUUGCACUAAAAGGGCAUUAUCAUAAUCUUCACAGUAUUAUUCCAACCUAAUAGUGUGGAAAUAUAUAUAUAUAUAUAUAUAUAUAUAUAUAUAUAUAUAUAUAUAUAGAACUGUGCCUUUUUAAUGAAUCAUUCCCUGCUACACACGUUGUGGUGUGUUUUCUUUAUUUUGCCCAUAGAAGAGUUCAUCUCACUUUUUACUGCCAUUUAUCACUCCUCUUCUUUGUGAGUGUCUUCUCUCUCUCUUGUCGCCUCUUUUUUUUUUCUUCUCUCCCUCGCUCUCUUCGUCUCCUUCUUUCGUCUCUCACUAAAGGUGCUUCACUGAAGCGUCCUGCGUCACCAUGGCAGCAUGACCCCUCUCUUUCCCCGACCCCAUAUGUCACAGCUGGAAGUCAGACGUCACUGGGCGGGCCUGAGGGGAAGGGGGCGGGACUACAGGGGGUUCCUGCAAAGCUGAUUCGCUGUGAGCCGGUGUUCAAGGUCAGUCUGUCUAUGAAUGACGGCCCCUGGCUGUUGGAGAGGAACUCCUUCGGCCUGGAAACCUCCCCCUCCUCCCUCACACAUGCCUCACCCCUUCACUCCCCCACCGUAGAUGCCUCACCCCAACCCCCUCCUGCUCCCUCGCAUUUGCUUGGCCAGCCGGGAAACUCAGUCGCCGCAAGACUCAGAAACACACAUGAAAAUACACAUACCAUGGAAUACACACACACUCCGACUAUGAGACUGGGCCCAGCCAUACCUGAUCAGCAGCUGACUACGGGAGACGAGGACACCGACACAGACUCUCUGUAUCUCGGAGGGGAACAGAGGUUCACCGUCUCUGCUUUGUACCCUGGCAGAGAGGAAAACACAACUGACGGUCUGUACUUGGUCAGAAAGGAAAACAGUACUGACCGUCUCCACUCAGUCAAAGAGCAAAACAGUACUGACAUGGUGUACCUCAGGAGAGAGCAGGACCGAACUGACCAUCUAUAUUCAGAGAAUGACCGACUCACUGACACAAAGUUCCAUGUCCGAGUGGGGCAGAACAACCGACAAGGCAGGAUUGACCCCGGUCUAGCCUGUGCCAGAGACCUCAUCACUGACACAGCGUCUGUUGCCGGACCGAUUCUCUUCACUACUGGCCGUCUCUCGAAGGAAAGCUUGACCAACACUCCUCUAAUGGACGAACAGCAACAGGAGGAGGAGAGGGGAAAUAAGUGUCGUUCUGGGGCACAGAGACUUGCAGAGGAUGACAGGACAACUGACAGUCUGUACUCUACUGGAGAGAGGAUAACGGACAGUGGGUUUUCCACAGGAGAACGAUCAACUGACAGUCAGUCCUUAACAACAGAAGUGACAACUGACCGUUGGUAUGCUACAGGAGAGGGGCUAACUGACUGUCAGUUGAUGGAGGAAGAGGAGCAGUGCAAAGCUGAAAUUCAGAAUGGAGUUGGGCUCAUCGUGGAGGUCAUGGUGGAGGAGGGGGAGAGAUGGGGAGGAAAGGGUAGAGAGAGGGAGGAGAACUCUGACUUUUACCACCAACAGUAUUUGCAAGGCCAGCCUCCACAACGGCCCCAGGCGCAGGGGUUCACAGGAACUCAUAGGGGCGCCGUAGGGCUUCAUAUGGUUGACACAGCAGAUCUCAGACAUGACAUAGCCCUUCAUAGAGAUCAGGCAGGGCCAGUCCUUCACCGAGAAGAGAUGAGCAGUCGUAUGGGUGACAUGGCAGCCAUGCAGCAGGUGCAGUUGCAUGAGGCGGAGUACAGAGGAGCAUGGACCUACGGAGGCACACCGCUGACCCCUGACACCUAUAGAACAGAUCCGCAGGGGUACGAGACACACCCUGACCCUUGCCCCUACCCGCCUUUCCCAGAGGGCCACAGAAUUAACUGUGACCCCUACCAAGUGGUUUCUGAUUGGUUCAGAACCACCCCUGGCCCGCAGUUCCUUCACUCUAACCCUGACGAGUUCACACCCCAGGCCCUCCCGUACCCUCACCAUACACUGACCCAGGGGAUUGGACCCCAUACCCACUCUGGUCCCUUCCCCAGGAAGAUGGGGGGCGUGCAGCCACAGGAGUACAGAAGGCUCCCCAGUCCCCCGUGUGUUAUGGUGUAUAGAUCUAGACCCCGCCACCCUCAGCCCUUCUAUCCAGGACGUGGAGGGUACCAGUCCCCCCGGCACGGCCCAACCUUCCCCCCCAGACCUCCCCACUACAGAGGAGCCUACUGGGGCCACAGCCCUGCCCGAGAUCCAUGGGCAGCCCCAGGACCAGGACCUCCCUGGGUCUAA